UUUAAGAUAUAUAUUAGGUUGUAAAUUUGGAAUUAAAAUUAUUAUUAUUUAAGCUAAUAAUUAAUUUAAAAUUUCGAUUAUGAUACCGUAUCUCUAGGAGUAGCAGAUAGGUCGAUAGUUCGCGCGGCAAAUAAAGAAAGCAUAAAGUUUUAAAUUUUUCUACUACACCUCCUAAUUAUAUACAUGUGUUAUAGAUAGGUUAUUUGUUCGUUGCUCACGUUUAAGAUUAUACCAAUUACCGAUAGGUCGAGUGAAUUUAAAAUUUUUUACGGUAUAACUCGGUAUAACGGUAUAAUUUAUACUUCGAGAUCAUAGUAAAGGAACUUGAGAAUAAUAUUUAUAGAUUAAUAUUUGAUAAAAAAAUGCAAGUGGAUUUACAAAAGCGUGAAAACACUCAAACUACAAUAUUAGCAUUAUUAAUUACACGUAAAGGAGGAUGUACUUUAAAGCAGCUAAAUAAUGAUUAUUAUGAGUUAGAGGGUGAACAUAUACCAUGGAAAGAUUUAGGAUACAACUCUUUAUUAAGUUUUCUACAUAGUAUGUCAAAAACAGUACAAAUAGAACAUAGAGAUAGCACAAUUAUUAUACGUGGUAUUGCAUCAGAGAAAUCCAAACAUGUUAGUAAAUUAAUAGCCGGCCAAAAAACUCAGAAACCUUCAGUUGGAAGAAAAACACAUAAACCAAAUCACUAUUUUCCUACAACUGCUCCUAAUAGAAUUCGUAUACCAGCUGAGAUAUUAAGCAAGGUACUCAGUUUAGUUAAAGAUAAACCUAAUGGCUUAAAUAAGGAUUAUAUACUUCAAGAAAUUCAUUCACGCAUGCCUUUUGUGAAAAUUACUAUGAAAGAAAUGGAAGAACAGUUACAAGAAUUAUCACAUAGAAUUUUUCAAACAAAUAAUAAGGUUUAUCCAAACCGAUCUAAAGUUAAGAAUUUUAAUAAUUUAAAAGGCCGCAAUGAUAUGUCCCACUCUAAAUCCAAAUUGCCAAUUGUCACUGCUGCUGGAAAUGAAGAUUCAGAUGAUAUGUUAGAUUGUGAAGAUGUCUCUGAGGUUACACAUCUCAAUCGUACAUCUAAACCUGAUUACACAAAGUCAGAUACAAAGACCACAUCUACAUCUAGUUUCAUAAAGGAAACUAAAUACCAAGAAAUGCAACAUAGUAAUGAUAUUAAAACGAAAUUUGAUGAUGAUAUAAUGAAAGCUAAAGAAAACGUUUUAGAUAAGAAAGAUAUUGAAAUACUUAUAAAUGAAAGAAUUAAAUUUCGUUUGGAAAAGCUUAUUCAAAACCACUCUGACGGGAUUUGGUGUGCUGAUCUACCAGAAAAAUAUUUAGAAGAAUAUAAAGUUUCUUUGAAUUAUGCAGAACUUGGUUUUAAUAGCGUUAGAGAAUUUGCAUCACAGUUACCUGAAAUCUUUCAUUGCAUUCAACCUGGUGACACAGGAGAUUUCAUGCUUUAUUAUGCAAAGAGGGAAAUACCUUCAAAUAAACUAACAAAGAAACAUGAAGCUAAUAAUGUUGCACAGUUGUAUGAUAUUUAUGAAUCAAGUAAUGAAGAAGCAGUUCCAGCAUCAGUGUCGCUCGAUACAUGUAAGAAGUUAAUACCAGAUAAUGUAAUGAGUAUUGGAGACUAUGUAGGUUGCAUAAACGUUGCAGAUUUAGAACAGAAUGAAGAACCUUUUAUAGAAGUUAUUGUUGUAGAAGUCUUCACACCUUCAUUCUUUUGGAUACAACUUCGUAAAAAACAAAAGACAUUUAAAAUGUUCAUGGAUGAUUUACAUAAGUUUUAUACAGUGCAAUAUGAACAAUAUGCAAUUCCACUACUUGUACUAGAAAAAGGUUUGAAUUGUGCAUGUGUAUACAAUGGAAUAUGGCAUAGGGGUAUAAUUAAGGCUGUGAAACCAGAUUUUCAAGUGACUGUAAUGUUUUAUGACUAUGGAACACUGAAAACAUAUUCUCCCGAUGCAGUAUAUUACUUACAUAAAAGGUUUUCCAUCCUGCCAGCACAGGCAAUACCAUGUGGUUUAAUUAAUACUAGGCCAUGUACAGGAUCUAAAUGGUCCCGUAGUGCUACUCAUCAUUUUGCACUAAGAACAUCUGAUAUACCUUUAGUUGCAACAAUUGCAACAAUUAAUAAGGAGGAUAAUUCAAUGAUGGUAAAUUUGACUGACACAUUAGAAGAUGAAGAUGUGCACAUUAGUGAUUGGUUAGUGGAGCAAAAGCUAGCAGAAUAUGGAAAAAUGGUUUGUAUUAAAAAACGGAAUUUUCCAGUUUGUUAUUACUUAGAGUGUCAAGAGCGUUCUAAACGACAAAAAUUUAACGACAUUCAUAGAGUAAAGGAAAAAUUGUCCAAAAAUUCUGGAAAUAAAAUAGUACAUAAUCCAGAUUCUGACAUAGGCUUAUCACACAGUAGUAAUUUUAAUGAAGUAAAUAGUAAUAAAGAAGAUUCCUAUAAUAAAUUGAUUUCACAUCAAGGAAAGAGCAAAAGAUCAGAAUAUUUUGAAUCGACUAAUUCCUCUAAAAAUGAUUUUUUAAUUGAAAAAAUGCAUGGUUCUGUCACAAAUCCCGAAAAGAAACAUCCAAGAAAAACAGGAUCCUUAUACAAAAUGUUAUUACAUCUUAAAUUAAAAUCUAUUGAUUCUACUAAAAUUAAUAAUGAUAAUAGUGAUAGUAGUAAUAAUCAAAUUUGUGAGACCAUAGCAAAUAAAAAAUGUUUAGAUUCAAGUUCUGUAUUAAAUCAACCCAUUGAACAAAAAUCGUACGAAAAGUCUGCCACAUCAUGUCAUAAUAAUAUAGAACAUAAUAACACUGCAUCUGAUACUUCGUCUAUUGAUCUUUCUGCUAAUGACGAAAAAAAUAGUAAAACUUUAGAUAAUGAAUGUAAUAUUUUGAAAGAGCGUACCAAUAUUCCUGAACAAUAUGGUUCUGUCACAAAUCCUGAAAAGAAACAUCCAAGAAAAACAGAAUCUUUAUACAAAAUGUUAUUAAAUUUUAAAUUAAAAUCUAUUGAUUCUACCAGAAUUAAUAAUGAUAAUAAUGAUAAUAAUAAUAAUCAAAUUUGUGAGACUAUAGCAAAUAAAAAAUGUUUAGAUUCAAGUUCUGUAUUAAAUCAACCCAUUGAACAAAAAUCGUACGAAAAGUCUGCCACAUCAUGUCAUAAUAAUAUAGAACAUAAUAACACUGCAUCUGAUACUUCGUCUAUUGAUCUUUCUGCUAAUAACAGAAAAAAUAGUAAAACUUUAGAUAAUGAAUGUAAUAUUUUGAAAGAGCGUACCAAUAUUCCUGAACAAUAUGGUUCUGUCACAAAUCCUGAAAAGAAACAUCCAAGAAAAACAGAAUCUUUAUACAAAAUGUUAUUAAAUUUUAAAUUAAAAUCUAUUGAUUCUACCAGAAUUAAUAAUGAUAAUAAUGAUAAUAAUAAUAAUCAAAUUUGUGAGACUAUAGCAAGUAAAAAAUGUUUAGAUUCAAGUUCUGUAUUAAAUCAACCCAUUGGACAAAAAUCGUACGAAAAGUCUGUCAUAUCAUGUCAUAAUAAUAUGGAACAUAAUAACACUACAUCUGAUACUUCGUCUAUUGAUCUUUCUGCUAAUGACGAAAAAAAUAGUAAAACUUUAGAUAAUGAAUGUAAUAUUUUGAAAGAGCAUACCAAUAUUCCUGAACAAUAUAGUUCUGUCACAAAUCCUGAAAAGAAACAUCCAAGAAAAACAGAAUCUUUAUACAAAAUGUUAUUACAUCUUAAAUUAAAAUCUAUUGAUUCUACCAAAAUUAAUAAUGAUAAUAGUGAUAGUAGUAAUAAUCAAAUUUGUGAGACCAUAGCAAAUAAAAAAUGUUUAGAUUCAAGUUCUGUAUUAAAUCAACCCAUUGGACAAAAAUCGUACGAAAAGUCUGUCAUAUCAUGUCAUAAUAAUAUGGAACAUAAUAACACUACAUCUGAUACUUCGUCUAUUGAUCUUUCUGCUAAUGACGAAAAAAAUAGUAAAACUUUAGAUAAUGAAUGUAAUAUUUUGAAAGAGUGUAACGAUAUUCCUAAACAAUAUGCUAAUCAUUUUGAUAUUCAAGAAUCAGAAGACGAAGUAUAUAUUAGUGAAGCGAAAAAUUUUACUGAUGCACAUGAAGUAUGUAUAACAAAGAACAUAAAUUGGUCUAUUAUUUUGAAAAAUGCAUUGCAAGAAAAGAACUAUAUAACACAAAAAAAUGAAUCGGAAAUAUCUCGUGAAACAUCUAUUAGGAAACAAAGUAAUGUACCAUUAGCUGAGAAUUGUUUCUUGAAUGUAGUAUAUAAUAGCUCUUAUUCUGCUUUGCAUGAUAAAGAUAUACACUGGUCAUCAACUGGAAAUAUUGCUAAAAUGUCAAAUGUAUCUCCAUUAAUUUUAGAAAAUAUUGAAAGACGUAAAAAGCGCAUAAAAGAUAAUGUAAUAAUUGCUAUAUCACAAAAAAUAUUAGGGAUGUUGACAGACGAAAAAUUAUAUGAUGCAUCUAGAAAUGUAAAAGAUACGCAACCUAUAAGUUCAUCACAGAAAACUAACAACACUAGUGUUGAAAACGAUACUAGUUUAAUUGCUUUAGAAAAUUAUGAACAAAAUGAUUACAUUUGUACGAAAACCAUUACUUCCAAGCAAAAAUUAUUGGAGAAAUUAUCAUCAAUAAAAGAUAUAUCAAAUGACAAUUCAAGUUUAGAUUCGGACGAUUUAAGCACAUUAACAGAAUCUACAUCAUUUCAUUGUAAUAUUGAUGAUAAUAAUAAUAAUAAUAAAUGUAAAAAGUAUGAAAGCAAUACGAACAUUCAUGAAAGUACAUCAAAUGAAUCUUGGCGAGAGAUUGAUGUUGAAUGUUCUGUUAAAACAGAAGCAAUAAGUUCAAACACACAGGAAUUCUUUAAACCUACGAUCAACAAUUCGGAAGUAUAUGAGAAAGAAGAAAUAUCCAAAUCUGCAAAUAACCUAGAAGAUCUGACCCUGGUAUCAACAUCAUCACAGCAAUCAACAACAACAGAAAAAUCAGAUUUGAUAGAAAAUAUUAAUUGUUCAGAAGAAUCAUCAUUGAAUGUAGAAGUAAAAGAAUCAGUAGAAUCAAUGAAUAUAGAAAUAAAAAAAUCAGAAGGAUCAAUGAAAAAAUCAUUAUUGAGUGAGGAAACUAGACAAACAGGAGUGGUAUCAGUCGAAGAAUUAAUACAAUCUAACACAGUAAUUGAAACGUCCAACAUACCAGUUAAUGAUGUUAAUACAGAAUCUAACAAAGGAGAACAACAAUUGGAUGCAUAUAUAUCACAUGCUGAGCUUUCUAAUCUUCCUAAAACUACGUUUAAUGAGAGCGCUCAAAUUAAAUUCUGUGAUAAUGAAUUUGACUCACAUUUAAGUACAGCAGAAAUAAACGAUUCAAAUUCAAUUGAGGAUGGAAAUUGUAUAGAAACUUAUGAAAAUACAGAAAGUGAUACUCAUGAAGUUAUAUAUUCAGAUAGAAUCAGUAAUCAGGAGGAUAAAAUGGAAGACUUGACAAAUAAAAGUAUCAAAUUUGAAAGUCAUAUACCCGUAAUACAUUCUGAAAAAAAUUCAGAGAGAAAUAAUAAAUAUAUGUCUGAUCUAAAUUAUAAAUCACAAGGUAAACCGAGAACAUUAGUAGAAAUGUUAAAUAAUAAAUGUAAAAAGUAUGCAAAUGAUACAAACAUUCAUGAAUGUACAUCAAAUGGAUCUUGGUCAGAAAUUGACAUUGAAUGUAAAAAAUAUGAAAGCAAUACAAACAUUCAUGAAAGUACAUUAAAUGAAUCUCGGUCAGAGAUUGAUAUUGAAUGUUCUGUUAAAACAGAAGCAAUAAAUUCAAACUCACAGGAAUUCUUUAAACCUACGAUCAACAAUUCGGAAGUAUAUGAGAAAGAAGAAAUAUCCACAUUUGCAGAUAACCUAGAAAAUCUGGCCCUGGUACCAACAUCAUCACAGCAAUCAACAACAACAGAAAAAUCAGAUUUAAUAAAAGAUAUUAAUUGUUCAGAAGAAUCAUCGUUGAAUGUAGAAGUAAAGGAAUCAGUAAGAUCAAUGGAAAAAUCAUUACUGAGCGAAGAAACUAGACAAACAGAAGUGGUAUCAGUCGAAGAAUUAAUAAAAUCUAACACAGUAAUUGAAAAGUCCGACAUACCGGUUUUUAAUGAUGUUGAUAUAGAAUGUGAUGAAAAAGAAGAACAAUGGGAUGUACAUAUACCAUAUGCUGACCUUCCUAAUCUUCUGAAAAGUGUGAUUGAUGGGAGUACUCAAAAUAAAUUUAGUGACAAUGAAUUUGAGUCACGUUUAAGUACAGCAGAAAUAAAAGAUUCAAAUUCAAUUGAGGAUGGGAAUUGUAUAAAAACUUAUACAAAUAUAGAAGGUGAUACUUAUGAAGUUAUGUAUUCAGAUAGAAUCAGUAAUCAGGAGGAUAAAAUGGAAGACUUGACAAAUAAAAGUAUCAAAGUUGAAAGUCAUAUACCCGUAAUACAUUCUGAAAACAAUUCAGAGAGAAGUAAUGAAUGUAUAUCUAAUCCAAAUUAUAAAUCACAAGGCAAAGCGAGAACAUUAAUAGAAAUGUUAAAUAAAGCGAAGUUAUUGCAAAAAGAUCGUUCAUAUAAAUAACACAAGUACUUAAUUUCAUGCCCAAAAGAAUUAAAAAUUUCUGAUUUUUACAAUUCAUGCUCAUUUUUAACUUUGUUCUUUUCUCUUAGAUAUCAUGUAUAAUCAAUAUAUUGUUUUUAUUAUAUAAUACUGCUAUAUAUUUGUUUACUGUAAUUGCUUAAUUACAGUGUAUUUUUACAUGUUAAUCAAAACAAAUUGGCUUUUCUGUUUUUUGGG